AUGGCUACAUUGACGUUAAAGCGACGAGCCCCAUCACUCGGCGCCUUGUCAUCUCCACCCGCUGCGACACCGCCCGCAGUGAUCGAUACCCCACUUCCAUCCGCCUCCAACAUGUACAAAGCUGCCAUCCAGGGCGCGUCUCUCUACCACACCUGUCGCUCUGUGCUCGACCGGCUUGCCUCUGUGGACGGCAUGACCGAGUAUCUCGAUGCUGCUACCGAUACAUCUCCGUCACAACAACAGCAACUCGACCCAUCCAUUUCGACAUCUACAGCUUCUUCUUCAUCUUCAUCAUCAUCUACUUCAUCAUCAUCUGCAGAAGCAGCAACCAUGGUGGAACCCACAACACCCACAACAGCAUCAGCGCUAGCAGCAGCAGCAGCAGACCCGCUGAGUAAGCUUUGGUCGAUCUGUCGCCGUGGGCUGCCGCUGUGCAUUCUGUUCAACGCUCUGCAGCCGGAAAAGCCGCUCAAAGUGGACGAUCGGGAUCCCAACUUGAAUCAGGUCAACACUUGCAAAGCGUCGGUUUACUAUUUCCUUGUGGCGUGCCGUAAUCAGCUGCAGUUCCCCGAAGAAGAUGUUUUCACCAUUACCGAUUUGUAUUCGGACGAUACAAACGGAUUCGUCAAGGUUGUCAACACCAUCAACAAAAUUUUACACUUGCUAGAGGAAAAAGGCCUGAUAUCUGUACGAUGCGCCAACAGAAACUCAGAUCCUAAUGCGCCCAAAGAUACGCGCGGCAAGGUCGUCAUGGAAUUGCUCGAGACUGAGCGAAAAUACGUCCAGGAUCUGGAGACACUCCAGAACUACAUGCGCGAAUUAAUAGCACAGAAAAUCCUCUCACUCGACACGAUCCAUUACCUAUUUGGCAACCUGAAUGCUCUGGUUGAUUUCCAACGGCGCUAUCUGAUCAUGGUUGAAGACAUGGCCGAGAAGCCAGCACAGGAGCAACGCAUUGGCUUGCUGUUUGUUCAGCUAGAAGAGGCGUUUGCCGUGUACGAGCCCUACUGCGCCAACUACUACUCCGCUCAGGACCUCGUUGUGCAGGAGGCUCCUAAACUCCAGAAACUGGCCGAUGUCUUGAACCCCACCUACGAACUGCCCUCGUACUUGAUCAAACCCGUUCAGCGUAUCUGCAAAUACCCGCUCUUGAUGGGCGAGCUUGUCAAGAGCACCAACAAGGACUGGCCUUGCUAUGCAGAAAUGAACGAUGGCCUGGAGGCGAUCCGGCGCGUCGCAGAAAAAGUCAACGAAACGCAGCGCAAGCACGAAAAUGUGCAAGCUGUCGAAGAAUUGAAAAAGCGCAUUGAUGAUAAUAGCAAUUCCAUCGAGUCCUAUGGAAGUCUUCUCGUCCAGGAUAAACUUGGCAUCAUGAACAAGGACACCGAACGAGAAAUGGCCGUCUUCUUGUUUGAAAAAAUGCUGCUCAUUUGCAAAGAAAGCAAGGACGCUGCAAAGAAUCGUUUGACGAAAUCCAACACGAUCAUGAAAAAGAAGCGUCGUGGCAGCUUGCAAGAACGCAUUCGAAUUCCAGCUAGCCGUAUUCUUGGCGUUCACAACCGCUCAUCAAAUGGUGUAUGGAUGUUAUCGAUCGAAUACAAAGCAUCCGACGUUGAGGUGUUCACAUUCCGUCUUCGCAACGAAGAGCAAACGAAGCUUUGGGAGACAACAAUGAACAAGAUCAAAUUUACUUCACGCACGCACGUUCCAAACACGCACUUGUACUCGAUGCCAAGCCCGACAUACCAUGGCGACACGGCGUCGUUCAUGGACGACGAGGACGAAGAAGAUGACUAUUACUAUGACGACGAGGACGACGAGAACGCAGCACCGGCGCCAACGCGGUCGCGUAGCAACUCCAUUUCGGCCCAACUGUUUAACACGUUGUCAGGUCGACCCAAGAACGAAGUGAAAAGUCGUCAAUACCAGCACCAGAUGCCAGGCAUGAACUUGUCACCUCUGCCACGUGCUAGCGCAAGCACCAACACACAGCAGCAGCAUCAUCAUCAUCAUCAUCAUCACCAGGCGCAUCAUCCUGAUUAUGCCAUGUACCCAGCUUCGCCACCACCGUCGCAUCCUUCAUCGCCUACGAGUUCGUCGCGCAUUUCGACGGGAUCGAGCUGGCAUCAUCAAGGCGGUCACCACCAUUACCACUAUCAUGGACGUGGCGAUAGUUCGCCUUUGACUGAGAUCGCAUCCAAGUUCAUGACAGGCGACAUCCCCACACCGACAGAAGAAGAGUUGCGUCAUUUCCCCUUGCCACCCGCCGUGAACCGUAGUCAAUCUCAAUCAGCCGCUGUCGGAUCAGGCGUCUAUAACAACAACAACAACAACAAUGGAGCUAUCCCACCUGUUCCGGGCAUGAAGCACCACCAAAAUCGCAUGCGAUCACAAAGUAGUCCCAACAUCCACAAGGCAGCCACAACACAUGCUAUUGCUGCAACGGCUGCUGCUGCUGCUGCCAUGAUGCCACCCCAAUAUCCUCUCAACAACAACGAAUUGGAUAAUAAUGUGAUACGUCCUGUUGCGUCCACACCUCGCUUGUCCGAUGCACAUAACGCGGGCGGUGGACUCAAAGUCAAGCUCAGUUACAAUGACGGUAUCUACGUGAUCAAGGCUGCCGAAAACGUCGGUUACAUGGAUCUCAUGGAAAAGGUCGAAAAGAAGAUCCGCUUGAUCGGCAACUUGAAAACGGACGAUACGUUGCGCUUGAAAUACCAAGACGAGGAUGGUGACUAUAUCACAAUCAACUCUGAUGACGAUGUUCAGAUGGCAUUUGAGAACCGUGGCCGUAGUCCUUCGGUCAGUCUCUAUGUCAACGUCUAA